AGAGGUCGGGACCAGCGAGAGGCACCAAUAUCGAACCGGCGGCCGUGGUGCGCGGCCGGAGUGCAUUCCGUGAGCGAUAGACGCGUAUCGCACAUCAGACAGUCGCCGUGAACAGGCAGAUAUGCGCGCGUGUGUCGUUCUUCGUGUAUACGAGGUAACAACAGCUAGGUAACGAUCAUUUGUAAGUAUUAUUCAAUCCGUUUCGGUGGAACGGAGGGAAUCGCGUGGGAACACGAUCGUGGCCACGCGCCACUAAGACAAAACGAAAAAGAAAGAAAGUAGCAGAAAAGGUGUCACAGUGAGGUUUUUCGCUUUGACCGGCGAGACGACGAAGACGGGAGGCGCAGCGGGUGCUGCCGAUGUACAUACGUGGUGGUGCGCGUAGCAGGGUGUGGUGUGCGGAGAACAGGUGCCCAGAAGCGCAGCUCGACCGUGAAACGAGCAGAAACCGGAAACGUACGGAGCCGGUGCUCGUACGACACAAUGAAUUUUCGGGCUGGCUAGUCCGUAGAGGGAACAUACUCGCAUGAACAUCAUCGGCGAGAAACCUCUUUGAGACACGGUGGUGGUUAGCGAGGUGACGAGUCAUGUCACAUACACCAUCGAAGAGCGCGAGUCCAGCCGGCAGCCGGGGUAGCCCUAGCAGCCCGAGCACGCCACGUGGAGGCCGUCUCCGCGAUAGGGUCAAUUUCUUCAUCGAGCUGUUCGAGGACAAAGAGGCUAGACGAAAUGCCGGACAAUUUAGAUCGCCGACGAAUCCCAGACCUUCGUCCGGACCUUCAUCGCGACCAUCCUCCAGAGCCAGCGAUUCGUCGUUCGAGGAGAGCUUCGAACGAUUGGUGGAAGAAGGCGAAUUGAACGGUUCGAAGGUGGUCAAAUUUGAGAAGAUCACGGUGCGAAAGAGCGUGAAAGAGAUCGGCAGCGGUGUGUCUGGCUCGCAACAACGAGGUUCACUCGCGGAAUCGAGCAGAACACCGAGCGAGGAACACGCCCUCGAGGACUCGGCAUAUCAGAGUCAUAGCCACGGUGCUCCAAAUUAUGGAAGUAAAUCCAGCUCGGUCACGUCGUUCACGAGAUUUCCAUCCGAAGAGAGUUUGUCGCACAAGAAGGGCAGUAGCCCUCAGCAUCAUCUGGGCCUGGACGAUCGAACGCCGUCCGAGUGGUACGCGGAAUAUCGUACUCAGAGCUUCCAGAACGUCGCCACCAGGAUCGAAUAUGUGCGCAGUAAGAGCGAGUACGAUGCACACAUCGCCGAGAUUAAAGACGAACAAGAACGCGUACAGAAGAAAACUUUUGUCAACUGGAUCAAUUCUUAUCUUUCUAAGAGAAGUCCACCGCUUCGAGUGGACGAUUUGAUCGAGGACCUCAAAGAUGGUACCCGCCUACUCGCAUUGCUUGAAGUUCUGUCCGGCGAGAAGCUGCCGGUGGAAAGGGGCCGAAACCUGAAGAGACCGCAUUUUCUUAGCAACGCAAACACAGCGCUUCAAUUCUUACAGAGCAAAAAGAUCAAGCUAGUGAACAUAAAUUCGUCUGAUUUGGUAGACGGACGACCGCCCGUAGUGUUAGGCCUGAUAUGGACCAUCAUUCUUUACUUCCAGCUACGAUCGAAGGAUCGAAGGAAGAUCGAGGAAAAUACCAGAGCUUUGGAAUAUCUUGGACAUACGUGGGGUAGUCAGAGCAGUUUAGAGAGUCUUAGUACCCAAGGAUCAGCGACCAGCGAGAGGAAACGCAUCAGUAGCGAGAAAUGGAAGCAGGGAGCGAGGAAGACUCUGCUUCAGUGGGUCACCAAUGCCCUGCCAAAGGACAUCCAAGUACGCGAUUUCGGCGAAAGCUGGCGUGACGGCAACGCCUUCCUGGCCAUCAUCGACGCCAUCAAGGCGAACUUGGUGAACAUCGCGGCCAUGAGAGAAGCAACGAACAGAGCUCGUCUAGCAACGGCGUUCGACGUGGCCGAAUCCGAGCUGGGUAUCGCCAGACUUCUCGAUCCCGAGGACGUCGACGUUCCCCAACCUGAUGAAAAAUCUAUCAUGACAUACGUGGCUCAGUUUUUGCACAAAUAUCCGGAACCAGGAUCCGCCGCUUCCGAUUCGUUCGCGGCUGUACAGCAGGAGUACGAUAAUCUGCUUGGUUGGCUGUACGAAAGGCUGAAAUACCUGGAACAGAUGGGUAGCUCCCCGUUGAGUUAUGAUGAGUACGCCGCGUUGAAAGCAGAAGUCGAGCAACAGAGGGUUGUGUACAAUAAGCUACAGCGUCUCGUCGAGACGCCUAGCAUGAUCAGCAUCACGCGGGACUCAUGGAAGCACGUGCAGGAUCUGUGGAAGACCCUGGAGAUGCUCAUGUUACGCUGGCUCUGGCUCUUAGACUCCUAUUUGCCAGGUGAAUUAGGGGUUGUAGGAAGAUGGUUGUGUCGCGCAGAGGACCUUCUGCUAUCCGACAAUGAUAUUCCCGAGGAAAUGACAGAAGAAACCGCCAACAUAAUCUCGAAUAAGCUCGAGGAGCACAAAAAGUUUUUCCUCGAUCUUCCGUCCAUGACGGAACGAUUUCAAGCGGCGAGAAGUAGCGAGGCCGCGUUGAAAGUACAUCCUCAACAAUUGAACGAAAUGGCGACCCGAUUGGAUAGCCUGGCGAGUCGCGCCGCCAAACGUAGAAUCCGACUAAAGUUCCUGGAGCAUAAGUGCUGCCUUAUUGCUUUCUUGUUCCUAGUUGAAACGAAGUUGAAGAGUUGGAGCGUGAAAUACGAUACUGAAGAGAGUGUGCACCAGAUGCUGGAGCAGUAUAGAAACUUCGUAUCCCGAAACAGAAUUUUCCAGGAGUUCCAGAAAGCCUACCUGGACAUGCAACAAGUCGUCGAGGACUACAAACGCGAAGGUGACGUAGACACUGAAGAAAGAGCGAGCAUCGAUCGUUUCAUGCGAGAGACCAGCGACAAGUGGAAAAGCGUGUCCAUGGAUUUGCGUUGCGUGCAAAGCAUGCUUGAGGAAGUGGUAGCUUAUUGGCGUCGCUGGAACAUAAUCUCCGAUGAGUUCGUGACUUGGUUGAACCGUGCUGAACCUGCCUUGAACCUUCCCGAAGAGGACAAAAUGGAAUUCUUCCAAGAUAUAAGCGUGUGGAAAGACAAACACCAACAAUUGUCGGACACAGUGACAUUCUUAAUCGCCACAUCCGACGAACCAGUCGCCUUGCAAUUGAAACAACGUUACACGAGUCUCGCUUCUAGAUGGGACUCGCUGUUCCAGGAAGCGAAACAGUACAUGCACGCUGGAGACGUGAUACGAAAUAGAAAAGACUACAGACAGGGCGUGGAAACUUUACAAAAGUGGCUGAGGAACGUUGAAUUGGCGUUAUCAGCUACUGACUUAACCUCAACCGAGAAGAUCAAGGCCUACGGUGAGAAGCUGCAAGUCUUCCAUAAUGAAGUAGAAGGAAUCGAAGAUCUUUUCAAGAGUAUCAGCAAAAAAUUCCAGUCACUCAUUCAAGAUUUAUCUCGAGACGAAGUAGACAAAAUGAUGAACACCCUGAAGAAAGAGAAGGAGGCGCUGGUUAAAGUACGAGCCUUAAUACCGAUGCAGCUGCACCUGUACCAUCAACUUCUGGUUCAGCAGGAAUCUCUAGAAGCUGGCCAGAAGGAAAUAGCUACCUGGUUGGACGAAGCAGAGAGAAUGUUGACCAAUGUCGACUUAUCAGGUGGUAGAGAGCAUAUUUUGGCUCAGUUAGAGCGUCAUAAAGCCUUCUUCUCGAGAACUCUCUAUUAUAAAUCCAUGCUGGAGUCUAAGAACAAAGUGUUCUCCAGUAUAGUGAAGUCUGUGGAUAGUCACGCGGAUGUAGCUACCGCAGAGGGUGGCAAAACCUUGAGAGAAUUGAACGAUCGGUUCAAUCGAGUGUCUCAAGCGGCUCAGGCAUUGGAACAACGGCUUCAGGAAGCUGUUAGAUGCUGGACCAGGUUCAAAGAAUGCGAACGACAGGUCUGCGAGUGGCUGUCGGUCGCUGAAACCAUGAUGAAUGACAAACAUACCGAUAAUAGACGAUCUAUAGAGUAUCACAAGAACUUCUUUAGCAAUGUAAAUGAGAAGUGGAUCCAAGACUUUGUGAACGCUGGACAAGACUUGAAGAAUAUUCUGCCUGUUGAGAAGCAAGCUCCUAUUUUGGAAGCUGUCGAAUCGCUUCAGAAACGUUGGAAGGAGGUGUUGACGUUCGCUCCUCUUCAUUUAAUGAGACUCGAGUUUCGCCUGGAUGAAACCACGUUCCUGCAGUACCUGAAGGAGAUCGAGGUGGAGGUGAAUUCGGAACAGCAGGCUUUGAUGAAGAAUGACAAUGUUGAGAAUAUACUGCAGAGGAAUAAAGAGUUUUUCGUGAACCGUGGUACAGUUCUGGAAGUAGAGAAGUGCCUGCAGACUUUGAAGAAGAUCAGCAAUGCUUAUAACCAGCUGAUACCUAACGAUACUAGCUUGUCCGAGGCUGCACAAAAUGCUGAACGCCUGUGGGAGGAUUCCGCUCAGAGAGUGGAACGUUUGAGGGAACAAUUGAAACAAGUGCCUGAGCAGUGGGCUGCCUAUAAGAAAAAAUUUGACGAGAUGGUACGAUGGAUGGACCACGUGGACAGUAACCUGGCGACUAUUCUGCACGAGGUGAAUACGCUGGAGGAAUUCGAAACAGAAAAAACGGUAUUCCAGGUUCAAGUUUUAACGAAAAUAUGUAGAGAAGCAGACAGCAAGCGAGAAGAGAUGAAAUGGUUGGUCCAAACCUUGGAUAGCCUGACUUCCAAUCGUUCAGAUCACGAAGCCCUUUCGGAGCAGAACCGUCUGGAACAGCUGAUUACUCGUUAUAAGAACCUCAUACCAACCAUAGAAAUCACCAUGACGAAAACCGAUAUCUAUUCAAAAAGCUACACGUACAGAAAAGAAGUGCGCGAGGUGUGCACUCUUUUGCACAAGGUUAAAGAUCAAUCGAAGGUCGACGUAGUGUCUGAAAUCCCGGAGACCUUGCAGACCGCGGUUACUCAUCAGGAAAGCCGUUUGAACCAGUUGGAACAACAGAGAUCGAAUAUCGUGAGCAUGCUUCAACGUGGUAAAGAUCUUUUGAAAGACCAACACGCGCCUCCAUUUGUGUCCUUGGAGGUUCAGCAAUUAGAAUCAAGCUGGAAUGAUACUUAUGGUCAGAGCGUGGAGACCUUGAAGUCUCUGAAGAGCUCGCAGAAGUUGUGGAAUACUUACCUGCAACAAAAAGAGGAGAUCAUGAGAUUAAUCGAGCAAGCUGAGGAAGAAUUGAGAAAAAUCGAGUCGACUACCUAUUACGAAGCGUCUCAGGUAUCAUCUGACCUUCAGAGUAAGCAGGACUUUAGCACCACAUUGAGAAAAUCUACCGAAGAGAUGAUGAAAAAGCUGCAAGAGACGUACAGUCAUUUGACAGAGAUUGCACCACCUGAAAGAAGAGAAGUACUGAAGAAAGAGAUCACUCAAACUGAGAAACGAGUGGAGACUACUCUGAAGACCGUACAGGAGAAGGUUGUCUAUCUUCAGGAGCAUAGUACUAGGUGGAACAAGUUCCAGGCGAAAUUGAACGAGUUACAAUUGUGGACGCAACAAAGUGCGCCUCAAUCGAUUGCAGAUGCGGAAAACUUGGCCACCACUCCCGAAGAAAUGGUUUAUAGAACUGAGAUCUUGCAGAAAGAUAUUCAGGAGAGGAGCAGGACGUUGAAAUUCCUCGAAGAGGAAUCAGAGAAACUGGUGAAAGGCGAAACUGGUGGUCCAGGAAAGCAGCUGCGCGCUGACAUCAUAAGCCUCGAGAAGAGCAUCGAAACUCUUCAAAAGAGUAUCGUAGCCCAACGUCAAACCGCUGUGCAGAACUUGGAAACUUGGAAAGAGUACGAGAAAGGAAUCAAAGAAUUGAAACCUUGGAUCGAAGAAGCUGAGUCAAAAGCAGCCACCAUAGGCAGCAAACCUACGACUCUGCCGCAAGCUGCACAAAUGUUAGAAACCGCCAGAGCAUUCGAAACACGAUGUCAACAGCACUUCCCUCAAAUUCAAGAUUUAUCCUUGGUCAGCCAGCGAAUAUCAGGGAAAACAUCAGCCUCCGACGAAGUGGAUGCUGUUCACACUCGUUGGAACGCAGUACACGAUAUAGCAGUCCAAACAACCACGAAGUUAGACAAGCUAGUCACUUCGUGGAACAGCUUCGAAUCCGAGAUCAAAGAAUUUAACGAAUGGUUGGAAAAAUCCGAGAAAACCGUUCUCAUAGAACCAAACACCGAAACACCGGAGGUAUCGGUCUUAGAAAAAGAGCUGACCCGAUUGAAGGACUUCAACAAGACUAUAUCCGAUCAUCAAGCUCAACUGAUAUCGUUGACCCAAGUGUCUGAUCAUAUCAGCCACGGCUUAUCUUUGGAAGGAGCGACCAACUUGAAAGCUCGUGUAUCAGACAUCAAAUCCAGAGUCAGUAAGCUGGCUGACACGGUCAGAUUGCAGAUCAAUCGCGUCUCUGAUUCUCUGUUAGCUCGCCAGGAAUUCCAGAUGAAGAUCACCGAUCUGGAGAACUGGAUGUCACGACUCAGAUCGAACGUCGCUGAGAUCAGCGAUGCAACUGUUGAUACCGUUGAUACCAAUCUUCAGGCUGUGCACGCGUACAUUCAGGAACACUCCGAGAAACAGCCCAGUUUGGAAGCUAUCUGCGAAGAAGUAAAGGUGAUAUGUCCUAAAGGAUCCAUAAAAGCUAAAGCUGCUUUGGUUGACACUUAUGUAGAUCUAGAGAAGAAGUAUAAAGCAUUAGGCGACGACUUGCAACAGAAGAAGAAGGGAUUGGAGAAAUGGAUAGAAAUGUUGAGUUGGUUGAAUGACGCCAAUGCUCAGUUAAGUCACUGUAAAUACGAAGCUGAGGCUAGAAAACCUACUAUUGCUGAUUUGGAGAGAUUCUCCUCGGAAUUGCAGACUAUAUACGAGAAGAUAGACACCUGGAAACAACAUGUUUUACCUGACACUGCCAUUGGAAUUCAGAUCAGAGACAAACAGGGCAAACCUCUGUCAGCAUCGGGUUUGUUAAACGAUUUAGAGAACAAAGCCUUGGCUCUACAGAACGAGAUAUCUGCGAAACGUGACAGACUAGAGAAUCUUGGCGCCAGGUGGAACAAUUUCAGAACACUUCAACAAACUAUCACGGAGAAGAUAUUGAACACUCAAACUGCUCUUCAAGAGACGGUUUACAACGUUGACUCCUGCAAACAGUUGGCUCCUGCCGUGGAGAAGAUUGAUCGAUUAAUCGAAGAGCAUCAGAAGAGAGAGCAGGAGAAAGAGAUUCUUCAUUUUGAAGGAAGUUCCUUGAUGAAAGAGGACCAGAGAUCGACGACCAAUAUUCAAGUUGUUUUAUCAUCUGUGGAUGCUAAUUGGGAGAAGGUUAACGAGCUUCUUCGAGAGCAAAGGAAGAAAUACGCUGACAUGAACACCGACUGGAAAGAUUACGAAGAAGCUAAAGAGAAAGUGGAAAAAUCUAUCAAAGAAGCGACCAGCUUGUAUCAAUCAGUGAAAGGAGUUUCUUACGACGUUACUCAAGCGAAUAUCACGUUAGAGAAACACAAGAAAGCUUUGGAAAUGCUGAAGAAAGGCAGACAUUUCUUAGACAAAAUGGAUUCUAAGGCGCAACAGUUGACGAAGGAAGCUUCUUUAAUGCCUAGAUUCAAUUCUGAUCUAAUCGAAAAUGACUUAACCGAUGUCCGACAGCGAUACCAAGAUACUUUCAACAAUAUCAGUGAAAAACUACAAACCUACGAGACUCAGGUAAUCAUCUGGAAACAAAUAGAAGAAUCGAAAUCUGAACUUAUCAAGUGGCUCAAUAAUACCAACGACGCUUUGACCACUGCGUUUGAGCGUUUAAUGGACGCAGAAAAUUGUCAAGCCAGGUUAAUUAGAUACAGAGAGGAGCUGCCUGGUUAUCAACAAUUGUAUCAGAACAUCGUCACCAAAAUCGAACAAUUAGUGAAAUCGAACAACGAUACCGAUAUUCCUACUUUAAGUUCUCUCCAUAAAUUGUUGGACGAUCAGUUCAAGGUAGUUAAAAGUUCGGCGGAUAAAUUGGAAUCUUUGACGUGUACGUUAAACGAAAGAGAAAGAGCGCUUAGACAGGAGCUGAAGAGAUGUGGUGACGCAAUAUCGAAAAUUCGCGAAGACAUUAUCAAAUGUGACGAUUUGACCGGCGAAAACACCAAGAUUCUUGGUCGUAUCAAUAAAUGCCAGGAAUUAAAAACAGAAUUGGAAGAAUGUGAUUACGCUCUGUCUAAAGUUGAAGAAACACUGACGAAGAUGUCUACGGAGUAUCCUAGCAUUUCCAAGUCCAGUUUGCCAAAGGAAUUGCAGGCUCUUCAGCUUCGAAGAGAUGGUGUGGCCAGUCAUGCUAAUAAAGUGAUAGCAACGUUGGUAGCCUUCUUAACUAAAUUAUACCACGAAAAAUUCAGUGCUCUUCAACGUAUGGUUGCGACGCUUAAAGAAAAAGUAGCUUGGUGCGAACCUGAACAAAGUAGCGAUCGUUAUAAUCUAGAAGUGAAAAUGGCGUCCCUGAUGGACGUGGAAGCUGGAAUUGCCGAUUGCACCGCUAGAAAAGAAGACACUGACAACUCGUUGAAGCUUCUAGCAUCUGUCGAAAGCGCCGAAACGAUGACCGGCUUAAAAACGGAACGUGACAAGGUGGAGAGUGACUUGGAAUCCCUGAAGAGUAGUUACAAUAAGAUCAAGAAUGAUCUAGAAAGAAACAUCGCUCUAUGGCAACGUUACGAACUUACGUCAGAGAAUGUUUUGUCUUGGUUGAAGGAGAACGAGAACAGAAUCAGAGCUGAAGCUUCUGCGUUACUUAAUUUAGACGAUAUCGAACAGAAAAUUGCGGAAAUGAGUCAAGUACAGAAGGCAGUGAUGGAGUAUCAAAGUGAACUGAAAGACCUGACUGCUCUAGCCGAAGACAUCACCAGAGUUAGCUCUGAAUCUCGAGUGAAUCAAUACAUCAGCCAUCUUAAUACACGUUACGAUUACGUGUUGAAGUUCCUGGCGCAACAUUUGGACAGGCUUAAAGAGUUAAAAGAGAACAGGGAUCAGUAUGUUGCUAAUAAGAAGAAACUCGAAGCUUGGAUCGAAAAUGCUGAAAAAACUUUGAAAGCCUUCGACGAAAUCACCGGACCAAAGCCUAUAACUUUCUAUCAGUCGCGCUUGAAAGAACUGAAAGCUUUUGCCGAAGGACGUGAAGUUGGACAAGCCAUAUUAAACAAAACUGCAGAAGCUGGCGAAACUUUGUUCGCUAGGGUCACACCGGAUCAAAGAGAAAUGAUCAGGACCGAGUUGAGGAACUUCCGUAACCGCGUGGACGCAAUGGCAGACCGUGCUAACGUGAUUUAUAAAAGAAUAGAGAGCGACAUGAUGCACAGGUCUUCGUUCGAGGAUAAAUUCUCUCAAGUGAAACAGUGGCUGGUAGAUGCACAGAAUAAAUUAGGAGAGAAACAGGAAUUGCUACCAACCUUACAAGAGAAGAAGCUGACUCUUCACCUAUAUAGAGCUGUAGCACAAGAUGUUAGCGUGCACAAGAAUAUUCUUCAACAGCUCCAAGAUAGACUAAGCUCAGCUCCGGAUGACGAUGCUAGUGAAAUGUUGGGCAACGUGAUCGAAGCUCAUGAAAAAUUGUCUAACGAUGUUGAAGGACGAAUUAAUAUAGCGGAGAAAUACGUCUCUAACCACGAAGCGUAUCUUCAGACGUUCGAGAAGACUCGGGAUUGGAUCAAUACGGUAAUCAACGAGGGAACGCCUAUAAUCGAGGACUUUUCGGUGGAACGAGACACGGCAGAGACUAAAAUCACCGCUAUCGAGAAUCUUCUUCAACUGAAAGCGGAAGGAGAUCGAACUCUGGCUGACUGUAACGAACAACUGAAUAUCGUUCUUGAACAAACUUCUCUACCAGGUCAUCCAGCUUUGUUGUCUAGCUUUGAGCAACAGAAAAAGAUAUGGGAAGAUUUCCUGAAGAGAUCCAUAGCCUCUAGAGACAAGUUGAGGCAUAUGUUCGACCAGUGGUCCGAAUUUGAGAAGAUCGUGGAAGACUUGGAGGCCUGGAUCAAGCAGAUGGAGACACAAUUGAAGGAUCAAAGUUUGAAGAGUACAGAGGAGGCAAAGAGGGCUCAUUUACAGAAGCUAAAGUCCUUGGAAGAGAGCAUCAUCGCGAAAGGAGCUGAAUUUAACGCUGCCAUUGAGAAGAGUCAAAGUAUCGAGGCUGAAGCAGACCUGGCCACCAGAGCUUCCAGACAGUCUACCAAGUAUCAGGCUAUCAAGAACCAAAUAAAAGAAACCGUGAUGCGGUACGAACAGUUCGUAAAGGAGCACAAUACCUUCAAUGUGAAAUACAAUCAAUUAUUGCAAUGGAUCACGGACAUUCAAUCGGAAUUGAAGAAGCACAGCGAAAUCGUGGGCGAUUUAUCCGUGUUGCAAAGUAGACAGAAGCUCAUUCGUGACCUUGGUGAUACCAGAACGAAGGAGAACGCUAGAUUCGAGUCUGUAGUAGAUCUUGGAGAGAAAUUAUAUAUUCAUACGUCUCCCGAUGGUAGAGAGAUUAUCAGACAACAGUUGAGAAACUUGAGAACUCUGUGGGAUGGAUUCACUGAAGAUUUGCAAAGCACUACGCAGAAAUUGGACCAGUGCCUGAUGCAGUUCGCCGAAUUCUCCUUGUCCCACGAGCAAUUGACUGCCUGGCUCCGAGACGUGGAACGUGCCAUGCAUCAACACACAGAAUUAAAGUGUACCUUGGAAGAAAAACGAGCACAGUUACAAAAUCAUAAGAUUAUGCACCAAGAAAUUAUGUCUCAUCAAUCCCUAGUAGAGUCUGUUUGUGAUAAAGCUCAGCAGUUGGUGGAUCAAACCAAAGACACUUCUCUCAACGUCUUUCUACCUUCUAUUAAACAAUUGUUCCAUAACAUCGUAGCGAAAUCGAAAGAUUUGUUGGAAAAUUUGGAAGAUUGCGUGGAGAAACAUCAUAGAUUUAACCUGCAAGUGAAGAACUUCUCUGACUGGUUGAAUGGCGAGAGAGACAAGCUCGCAGAAUGCAACGACGUCACUGGAGAAAGGACAGAUAUUUGUAGAAGAUUAGCUACUCUGGCGACGUUGAAGGACGAUCAGAUGCAGGGAACGGAACAGCUUGGAAAGUUGAAGGAACUCAGUGAUACGGUUGUUAAAAGAACCGCGCCGAAAGGAUGGGACGCCAUUAAUAAAGAGAUCACCGUUUUGGAAAGCAACCUUCGUCAAUACUUAAGCGAAAUAGAAUCUGUGGAAGAGAAGCAAAAGACAGCUCUUCAGAAAUGGCAGGACUUUGAAGACAAAUUGGAAACGCAUACAAAAUGGUUCAGCACGAUGGAAGCUGCCUUCAGAGACCAACAAUUACAACCUACUUUGCAGGACAAGGAGGCUCGUUUGAAAGCUUUGAAAGAGAAGCGUGACGCCAUAUUGAAGGAGGAAUCGAAUAUAGACGAGUUCGUUGACAAGUCCCAUAGUCUACUACAUGCGAGCGGCGUUGAACGUAUCAAACCCAUGAUCUCGCAAAUUAGCAAUAGAUACCAACUAUUGCACGGACUUAGCAAAGAAGUAGUGACAAGAUGUCAGAGUAUCCUAGACGAUCAUCGGGCUUAUGAAGAGAAACUGAAGGUUGUGGAUGCGUGGCUGACUCAAUUGGAACAAAGUUUAGCCAGUCUGAAGAAAGACGAGGCAGGCGGAAAUCUCGAAGAGAGAGUUUCUCGUUUACAGAUAUUGUUAGCUGAGAAAGAGCAAGGUGAACAUCGAUUAGGAAGCUUGAUAUCGUUUGGGGAAAGGAUCCUUGCUGACACAUCUGCCCAGGGAAGGGAACUUAUUCGUCACGAACUAAGGCAGGCCCGAGAACGAUGGGAUAAAUUUGUAGAAGGCAUAGAUGAGCAACAGAAGAAACAGGAUGCUCAGUCUUUGCAAUGGACCAAUUAUCAGGAAACUUUGCAACAGAUUUUGGCUUGGUUAGACACUAUGGAGAGAUCUGUGAAACAGGACUCGACGAUCACGUGGUCUUCUCUUCAGGAAAUUAAAUCCAAGUUGUUGAAGAGCAAGGCAAUGCACCAGGAAAUUCUGGCAUACAAACGCAUCAUCGAGGGUGUCUCUGAAAAGGCAAAUGCACUGACGUAUGCAGUCCAAGCGCCAUCAGACGCCCAACAGAAAGCUGCUUCGGUUUCUGGAAGAUACGAGGACUUGGUUGAGAUGUCACAAAAGAAUAUAGUCAACCUGGAGACUCUUCUAGACACUUUCCAACAAUUUUACGAUCUUCAGAAAUCCUAUCAAGACUAUCAGAAACAACAAUGGGAACAAUUGACCAAUUACAGCGACUACACGGGCAACAAAGCUGCCCUUCAAGCUCAGCUGGCCAAGAUCAUGGAGCUUCAAGAUGGCCAGAGGGAAGGAGAAUUAAAAUUGGAUAUUCUUAGCGAACACGUGGCUCAGAGUGCAUCCAACUUAUCGCCUAGAUCGUUGGAAUCUAUGGAAAGAGACCUGGCUUCGUUGAGAUUCGAGCAUAAGAAAUUCGCCAUUACAGUAAACGACAUUAUUCGAUGCAUCGAGGAGAGGAUCCAGCAAUGGAGCGAGUACGAAAAUUCUUUGGAACGUUUGUUAGCUUGGUUGGCGGAUGCGGAGUCGUCUUUGAAGAAUUACUCCCUAAAGAACUCUCUUGAAGAGAAACAAGAACAACUCGAGAAAUACCAGGCACUGCAAAAAACCGCCUUAUCGUGGGACACGGAAGUGACGGAACUGGUGGCCCUAGGAGACCACCUGGACCAAAUGUUGAUCGUGAAUCUCCGGCAGAACGAGGCCGAGUUUGACAAGAUGAGCGACGAAUCUUCCGAAUUGAUGCAAAUUAGCGGUGAAACGAGGUUCUCAGCCAACGUUCAGCAGAUCACCUCGCGUUUCCAAUCUAUUCAAGCGACUGCUAAGGAAUUGGUAAAGAAAUGCGAACAAGCAGUGGCAGACCACGCAGCCUAUCUGGAGCGCUACAAACAAUGUUCAGAAUGGCUAGCAAACACCAGAACUACUUAUCAAUCCAUCAAAGACGAUCUCAGCGGCACUCUUCAAGAGCUAACCUCGAACGUGGCAACGCUGAAGGAUCUUCUAACUCGUCAAUCUUCGGCAACCCUUUUAAUAAACAACACCGUGGAAGCUGGAGAACGUCUAUACUACACCACAGGCAUGGACGGCAGAGAGAUCGUUCGUCAACAAUUGUUAGAUCUUCAACAAGCCUUCGAAGAAUUGUACGACAGCAUCGCGUCGACCGAACGAGAGUUGCAAUCAAAGAUCUCACGUUGGUCCGGAUUCGACGAGUCCAACGAGUCGUUCGACAACUGGCUGAAGACUGUCGAGACUCAGCUAAAACCAGAAAUCGAAUUAAAAACCACACUGGACGAGAAACGAGCUCAGUUGCAAAUCUAUCGUUCGUUCUUGCACGAUAUUCAGUCUCAUCAACAAGAUUUACUCGAUCUUCGCGAUAAAGCUGAUAAUUUACCGGACUCUACUGACAAAAUACAUCAGACGCUGAAGAAACUGAACGAAAGGCACGCUACAGUGUUGAAACGAGCUGCUGCGUUCGUUGAAAAGUACGAAGGCAUAGUCAGCGAUCACCAACAGUACAGUAAGGCUGUGCUCGAUACUCACGAGUGGUUGGACGCGACGCACAAUGCAGUUAUUCUUUGGGGUGACACGGAAUUAGAACGAGUGUCCCUUCACACGAACCUGGAUCGACUGAAGAAUUUAUUGCAGAGUUUACCAGAAGACAAACCAAGAGUUCAACAGAUAAGAAUCCUCGGGGAAAAGGUGAUUCCAGGAACCUUGGAAUCUGGUCAGAUUAACAUUCGUUCGCAGAUAGACUCCUCGCAGCAAGAAUGGGAAAGUUUGGUCACUGCUGUCAAGUCCACUAUAGAGAGUCUAGAAAACAAGCUUCAACAGUGGAACGAGUUCGAAACAUCGAAAGAACGAUGCCUCGCCUGGAUGAGAGAAACUGAUACCAAACUUCACGCGGUAGACUUGAAGGCUACCUUGCAAGAGAAGAAGGACCAAUUGGAGCUUCUGCGCACACUCCAAGGACAAGUUCGCGCGAAAGAACUGGAAAUAGAUGCUGUCUCUGAGAAAGCUCAACAGCUUCACAAGAAUAUCACGUCUCGUACCACACAUAUGUCAGAGUUAAGCAUCAAGUACCAACAGAUAUCGAACAAAGUGAAAGAUCUGAACAGUCGUUGGCAUCAAUACGUGACCACUCAUCAAGAAUUCGACAAUCAAGUGGCAGAGUGCACCAGAUGGUUGGAUGACAUUAGGAAGAAGCUAGCUUAUUGCUCUGACCUGGGUGCAUCCUCUCAGAAAGAUUUAGAGAACAAGAUGGAAGUAAUUCAAGAUCUAUUGUUGUACAAGGAAGAUGGAUUCGCCAAGGUUCAAGGGAUCGUAGAACUAGCUCAAGCUGUCUUAGCAAACACAGCACCAACUGGACACAAGGCUAUCAACGAUGCUGUUGGAAAAUUACAGGAACAAUGGAGCGCACUAGCCUCGAAGAUGUUGGAGACCAAGACCAACUUAGAUGACUCUAUCAAUAAGUGGGCUGGUCUUCUAGAACAGAUACAAUCGAUGAAUAAAACUGUUGAUUAUAUGCAGUCUGCUUUGAACGAAUUUUUGCCAUUCCAAACGACAAUGUCUGAAAAGAGGUGUCAGUUGGAGCGUAUCAAGGCCUUGGAAGAGAAAGUUCGAUGCGAGAAUAUCGAAGUGGAUAGUCUGAAGAUCAAGGUGGCUGAAAUGAUCGCCAGUGGUCCUCAAGGUCUGGCUGCCUCCCAGGCACAGAGCAUCUUGAACAGAUUCGACACGUUGUUCGAGAAGAUUAAAUCGUUGUUAACCGAGCGAGAAGAACAAUAUAAGGAUCACAGAUUGUACAAAGAAGCGCACGAUGAUAUUAUCAAUUGGUUGAGUCGAGCUCGUGAAAAGAUUCCAUCGAUGAAACAGAGGCCAUUAAGCGAUAAAUUGGCUAUUGAAAAUGCUGUGGCUCCAUUGGAGAGUUUGUUGAAUAAAAAGGCUCAGGGUGAACUCUUGGUGGAACAUCUUCAGCAUACUGGCAAGGUCGUCUGCGCGAGUACGAGUCCUCAGGGCCAGGAGAUUAUAAUGAACGAGGUGAAAGCUCUGACUCAGAGUUUCGAAGAGCUUUUCAGAGAGAUCAAGCAACAAAAGGAUCAAUUGGAACAAACCGUGAGUCAAUGGAGAGAUUACAAGGACGAAUACGAGCGAAUAAGCGAUUGGUUGCAGCAGUUCGACAUCCUGAUAAAGGCGCAGAAGAAUUCUCUCUUGUCAAACGUAGCAGGGAAAAAGAAACAAGUACAAGAAGUAAAAGAAAUACUGGAAAACCUAUUAAAGAGACAAGAACAAAUCGAUAAAUUCAACAAGACUGCAUCCAGUCUUCUUUCGUCUAACCUGGACACCUACAUAAACAACCAACUUCGUCACUUAAACUCUCGCUACCAGGUUCAAGUGAAUCUCGCCAAAGACGUUCUGAACAAAGUCGAAACUAACUUGGCUCAGCACGAAGAAUACGUAGCUAAUUUGGCCAAGACUUGCGCCUGGAUCGAAAACGCGAAGCAAAUCAUUCGCAAGGGGACCGAAGCAGCGUCCACUAGCAGUCGAGAAGAAUUACAGAACAGAUUAGACAACAUUCAAGAAUUAUUAAGAAAACGCGAGGAAGGACAAAACUUGGUGCAUCUGACAGUAAACUGUGGAGAGAAAGUAAUGAGAAAUACCCGAUCAGAUGGUCGCGAAGAGAUAAACAUUCAAUUAAAGGAGAUACAAAAUGCGUGGGAGAGACUAGUGAAGAAGAUUUCGACGACCAAAGUGCGUUUAGAGACGAGUCUGCUUCAAUGGGCGGAUUAUAGUUCGUCGUAUUUGCAAUUGCAACAAUGGAUCAACGACAGGGAAGCUAAAUUGCAACAAGUCUGUGAACAAAAGGUGUCGAAAGCUAGAAAAGGUCUGGCUGGCUUGAGUUCCUUGGCUAUUGGAGAAAGGAAGGCGAAUCUUAGACAGACGAACAGUAUAGUUCAGGAUAUAGUGGCGUUCGAGCCGAUGAUUCAAUCGGUUACCACGAAGGCUGAGGAUCUUCGACAGGCCACACCAGCCACGGAAAUUUCGAUAAAAUACGAAACUUUGAGCAAACAAGCGCAGGAGUUGUACGCGAAACAAAAAGAGACCGUAGAACAACAUCAGGCGUUUAUCGAUAGUGGAAACGAAUUUAUUCAGUGGAUAAGAGCGGCUAAGGAGAGACUUGGGAAAUGUUCAGAACCUACUGGGGAUAAGGAAUCGUUGGCGAAUAAGAUUACGCAGUUGAAAGUACUGCAAAGCGAGCUGCCAGAGGGCCAGAAGAAAUUGCAACAUGCUUUGGAACAAGGGAACGCGGCGUGUCAGAUCGCCGACGAGGAGGACAAGGAGAUCAUCGAGGAGGAAGUUGCGAUGCUGCAGGAAGAGUACGAUAGCUACGUAGACUCGUUGAACAACACGAAGAGUUUACUGGAAGUAGGAAUAGUGAAAUGGACGGAGUACGAGGAUCAAUUUUCAGAAGCUACCGAAUGGCUCACGCAGACCGAGCAACUGGUGCAAUCGUUCAACAAGCUUCAAGAUAGUUUGGAGGAAAAGAAGAAUGUUCUUGAACAAUUCCAGGUCCAUUUACAGACAUUGUUCGACUGGCAAAGAGAACUUGAUCGACUGAACAUGAAGGCUCAGAUGUUAUUGGAAACUUGUGCAGACACCAGAAUCUCGAACGCUAUCACCCAAUUGACGACCAAGUAUAACGCGCUUCUAUCUUUGGCUAAAGAAAUAAUGAGACGUCUGGAACUACAUUAUCAGGAACAUCAGCAGCACAAUACGCUGUACCAAGAAUGUCAAGAUUGGAUCGAACGAACGCGUGACAAACUGAGCGAAUGUAAGGAGAUUCCAAGCACUUUAACCGAGGUGAACAAUAAGCUGCAUACUUGCAAGGCCAUCAGACAAACCUUGGAACAAGGCCAGAACAAGCUGCGUUAUGCUCUCGAACUAAAGGAGAAGGUGAUUAUGAACACAGAGCAAAAUGGUGCGGCAAAGAUUCAAGAAGACACGGAAAACCUCAAGACAGAAUUCGAGAAAUUGUUGGUCAACGUGGAAGACAUAAGACAGAAGCUUGCCGCAAGAGCAAGCGCGUUGGAAGAAUUGAACAAAAUUCAUCGACUCACUACCGAUUGGAUCGAUGAGAUCGAGGGCAAGAUUCAGCCGGGUGAGAUGUACAAGAACGAUCUCAGUGAAAAACGGGCGGUGUUGGAAAAGUAUAAGACGGUUCAGAGGGAUAUUCAAGGCCAUGGUGAAACCGUAGAUCGAUUGAAGGCUCGUUUGGCCGAAGAUUCUAGCAUACCCGUUGGCCCUUAUCAAUCUACCAUCGCAAAGUACGACGAAUUGACUAAGCUGAUCGCUGAAAAAAUUCGAAAUUUAGAAGAGCAGGUGAACGAUCACGAGAAGCUGCAACAAGCUCAUAACGAAGCCGCGGAUUGGGUUCGUCACACGAAACUGGAACUUCAGCAAAACUGCGACACCCACGGCGAAAAGGAGCGGAUCAUCGAACGGGAGAACAAAGUGAAUCAGAUCAUCGCUUCCCUUCCCAAAGGAGAAAACCUGAUCUCGAAAGUUAUUCAAUUGAGCGACGGAGUGAUCGCCAGCACAGGUCCCGAAGGUCAAGAAGCUAUCAAACAGGACGUGAAACAGCUGCAGGCAAAUUGGAAAUCUCUGCAAGCGCAGUGUCACGAGUCUCAGAAGACUUUGUCCAACUGUAUUUCCAGCUGGUCUCAAUUUACAACCGCGUUGGACAGCAUGAAACGAUGGAUAGAUCAUUUCCAGAAGAAGGUGAACGACGAGCAAUCGAAAGAGAAUAAAACCCCGGAGGAUUUAAUUCGAUGCAAAAGUCUCGUGGAAGAAGCCGUUCAACAGAAGCCUGUUUUGGAAGAUUUGAACGACAAGUGCGAAGCUUUGCUGGAAAUGAGCGCUUGUAGUUGGGCUCGUGACAAGACCGUGCAAUUGCAGUCGGCUUACACGUCUUUGUUGACGGAUAUGCAAGGACUGGUUUCCAGGGUGGAGAAGAAUUUAUCGGAUCAUACCGAGUUCUUGAAGGCGAAGAAGGAAAUGGAAGACUGGCUGCGUAUUGCUCGAGGAUCCGUGCAGGAUUGCAUGGGUGUUGGGGAUGCUGAGUGGGCCAAGGAUAAAUUGGAAACCAUCAAGAUCGUCGCAACAAGAAUCACGGAGGGUCAACAUCUACUUUCAACAUUACAAAACGCGUACGCGAAAGCCAUAGACACAGCAGUGCCAGAGCAACAAGACCAACUAAGAUCAGACAUGGCGGGACUUCUUUCCAGCUGGGAGCAAUUGAGCAUCGAUUUGAACACGGUUCAAGCUCAGCUUAAAUCUCUGUUACACCGUUGGGAUGAUCACACGGAAGCUCACGGGAAGAUGAAACGUUGGUUGGAAGAGACCGAGAACAGUAUGCAGGAACUUCCAGACACGAAGGGAGAAUUCGGUGACAUGAAAACGAUGCUGGAACGUUACAAGCACAUCCAAGAGGAAGUUCGCGGCAAGAAAACCGAAUUAGAUCAUCUGUUGGAAGAAGCUGGCGAACUGUCCAAACUGGCGAAAAAGAACACGCCUCUGGAUCGUACGAGAGAAUUAUCGAAACGUUGGCAGAAUCUGAGCGAGAACGUCGACGAAAGAAAGAGAUUGAUAGAAAAUGAAAUUGAGGAAUACAACGCUUAUCAUGCAGCCUUGCAAGAGACUGAGAAAUGGCUGCUGCAAAUUUCUUUCCAAUUAAUGGCCCACAAUUCACUGUACAUCACGAACAAAGAGCAAACGGUAUCGCAAAUUAAACAGCACGAAACUCUGCUUGCAGAAAUCGAAAAUUACACGAGCGUGCUGGAUGAUUUGAAAUUGAAAGGAAAUGGACAGAUCGGUCGAUACGUGGCUGCCAAUCCUGAGAUAAAAACAGUCAUCGAAACGCAACUUCAAAAUGUUCAAGAGAGCUACAAUUCUCUAUUGAAUACCGCGUUGCAGAUUAAGAAACGAUUGGCGGAAUCGUUAGUCAAAUUCCAGGAAUAUGAGAACACUUUGGAGAGUAUUAUGAAGAAUCUGGAUGCGUAUGAGCCGGAAAUAGCGCAAGAGAUGGAGGCACCUUUGGAUACUCUCGAUAUUGCGAAGCAGAGAUUCGAAAAUGCGCGCACCUUGCAUAAUAAGUUACAAGGCGAGAAAACGAGGCUUGCUCUGGCUGUCGAAGCUUGCGAAGCCGCGGUGGCUUGCGUCUCGAGACCCGGAAGUCCUCUGGAUGCGCCGCCUGUGCAGAUUCCCCCGAGAGAAGUGGAAGUUAGGAACAAACUGGAGGAACUGAUCGAUCAGGCUCAGGGACAUUUGAUGAACGUGACGAAAGCUCUGAACGAACUGGAAGAACAAACUCGUCAGAAGAACGUGCUUCGAUCUUGGAUAAACCAACAGAGAGCUCUGUGCGCCGAAUGGAAGUCUCGGCCAGCGAAAUUAAGAUCCGAAGCUGCACACGCCGAGUUACAAGCAAUGAACGAUUUACUUGGAAACGUUGGCGAACGUCGAACUCACGCGUUAACUGAACUAUCGCUUAACGAAGACGAUCAGGAUAUCGAGGAAGGAUUGAACAAAUUGGAAGCAGAGUUGACGGAUGCUAUCGCCGGAAAACAAGCUGCUCAGGAUCUGAUUCAAAAGUACAGAACACAGGUGCAGAGUAUUCAAGCCUGGUUGGAUGUCCUAUCGAAGAAAGUUGACGUUAUCGAGAAAGGAAAUGGACAAACUAUCGGGCAAAAGAUCGCUAGCGUGAAAGAGAUCACAACGGAGUUCGAGUCUCAGGGACCUGGAAAGUUGAACGAGGUGAAGACGUUGAGCGAUCAAGUGAUGGAUUCUGUGAGCAAUUUGGAUUCACAGCAGAUAGAAGAACAAAUUAAGUCUGUCGAAAGAAGAUACGCUGAUAUAGCGAAGAAGCUGCAGAGGAAAGCGCAGGUAUUGGACAUGACUGCUCAAGGAAUCGAGGCAACUAGGCAGGAGAUCGAAGAGAAUCGUGAUUGGAUUGAGCAAAAGAAACAGCAAGCCCAGGUCUCUGAUCCAGUUGGAUUUGACAGCAAGCAGGUGGAGGAGAAGCUCCUUGCUCUGAAGGCGAUGCUGAAGGAAGCAGAAGGAAAGCAAAUGGUGAUCGAUACCCUGGAGAAACGAGUCGGUAACAUGCAGAACGAAUUAGAGUCCAAUGAACAGCAACAAUUGGAAAAUGAAACGAAAGCUUUGCGUGGCGAACAAUCUCAGCUUUGUACGAUCUUAACCGAAGGAAUUUCCAGUGCAACGGCUGCAGCCGACGCUCGACGCAAGUUCGAAGGUGAUCUGGAACGAGCACGGGCUUGGAUCAAGUCGAAGAGCAAUAACUUGAAGAAGCUGAGUGGGUAUCUGCCUUUGAAGGCGUCGAAAGUCGAACAGGAUAUCAUUCAGCAUGGAGAAUUGGAAGCUGACAUCGAUUCCUUCAGUGAAAAGGACCUGAAUGAUAUUUUGAAACAGGGGCACAAUCUAUUGAAGGAAUGUAACGAGGAGGAUCGCGCGAAAUUAGGAAAAAUCUUGGACGAAAUGAGCAAGGAUUACGAAGAACUGAAGAGCGAAGCCCAAGAGAAGCAGGCAGCACUCGCGGAUCUUCUUCAAGGACGAAAGGCCUUCGAAAAUGAGAUAGACAAGUGUAAGAGAUGGAUCAACGAAGCUGAAGUGGCCACAUCUUCGGAUCUGAGGUCUUCUAGCAUCGAUAUCUUAAGGGAACAGCUGGCUAAGUACGAUCGCCUAAAGAAAGAGGCAAAGGAGUACGCGGACGACAUCGAGAAGCUAAUACAGCAAGGAAAAUCGAUUCUCCCAACCGUGAGCGACGCUGACAAACUCGAGCUAAACGAGCAGUUGCAAAACAUGAAAGAGGCUCACGGUAGAGUAGCUGGUAUCAUAAAUGAAAGAGCUCUGGCUCUUCAAAAGAGCAUCGACGAAGCCGAAGAAUCAUUGGCAAGGAUUGCCGAAGCGGUUCAAUACAUGACAGACGUGCAGAAAGAGCUUCACGAGCUUAAUAAACCGAUCGGUUCCCGCGUAGAAGACGUGGAAGCUAUGCUGAAUGCGUACGAAAAGAUCUUAAACGAUUUGAAAGCGAACAAGGCGAAACUAUCUGAUCUCCAAUCGGUCAAUGUGUCUGAUCUUCACGGGGUAUUGACUCAACAGGACGACCUCAUAAAGGCUAUAGAAUCGCAAAUUGCGAAACUUCGCCAGUUACUUCUGUUACGACAGCAGUUCAUCGCUUUGAUCACUGAUAUUACGACGUUCAUUGCUAAGUACACGGAGAUCGUUCGAGACAUCGAGAACUCGGGUCAGACCACGGAAGAAAAGAUCAAGAGAUACGACGAUGCCAUUCUAAAGAUCCAAGAAUGCGAGGCGACCCUUGCAAGUGCAACAGACAAGGGUCAGCAGAUUGCAGCAGAAGGUUCGACUGCAGAUAGAAACAACAUAACGGAACAACUACAAUCAUUGAAGCAACAACUGCAAGGUCUAAGAAGGGCCGUGGAAACCCAGAGGGAGCAACACGAAUUAGCUGCGGCGGAACACAAGAGACUCGCGAACGAACUGGCCGAAAUUCUCGAUUGGUUAGAAGAUAAAGAGAAAGAAGUGAAAUCUAGGCCUCUCUUGGAGAGAGAUCCAACCAGCGUGGAAGCUGAACUGAAGAAUCACAACGUAUUAUGCGAGGCUGUGAAUGAACAUCUCGACAGAAUCAGAAACUUGAAAAACUCUGUGCCUCAUGAGGAAGGAAUGCCUGGUUCGUUGAAAGAAAUGCUCAGCGAAGCAGUGUCUCUGCUGACCUCCUUGCCAAGAGAAAUGGAGGAACGUGGAAAUUAUUUGAAGACUAACAUGAAACUCAGACAAGAGUAUGCUGCUCUUACUGAGAAACUUCGAAGUUGGGUUCGCGAAGCAGAGGUUAGACUGGAAAGCGACAAAGAUGGACUCGAUUUUGAGAAUAUCCUGAGCGAUCUCGAGGAGCACAAGAUUUACUUCAGUAGCGAGCCAACGAUUCGCGAGCUGGUGUCUCUGCAAAUACAACAAGCAGGUGACAAAAUUUGGCCAUCAUUGACUACGUCCGAGCAAGAAGAAUUGAGCGCGGAACAACAGCAGCACACUCAAUUACUGAAGAACACGCUGAACACCGCAAAAUCUCAACGUGCCAGAUUGGAACAAGGAGCUGAAACUUGGAGAGACUACACGCAAACCCUCGAGCGAGUUCGAGCUGUGAUCGCAAGGAGUAGAUUCACUGACGAACCUGUCACGACUCUGGCUGGAUUGCAAUUUAACAUCCAGAAGAUCACGCACGCGCUCAAUGAUAUACAGAAUCAACAGUUCGAAUUGGACCUUUUGAACGAACGCAGUCAAGAAGUGCUUCGAUUAGCUGAUGCUAAUAACAGAAAGACGAUAGAAACACAAAUCGCUGAAAUAAGUACGGAAUGGAAAGAAUUGGUUUCCGGGUUAGAGGGUCGCAGAGACGCUCUCGAGGCGCUCUCCAAACAUUGGGAAGAUCUUGAGGCGCAAUGGUCUGUGAUUGAAGCUCGUGUAAAUGUCAUUGAAGAGAAGAGCAAACUUUUGGAUACCGUAGUUCGGUCUAAACAACACUUGCAAGACGUUAUCAAGGCUUUACAUGAGCUGGUAGCGGAAGCGGAGAAAUUGAAACCGAUGGCAGAGGAAGUGAAAGAUCUAUCAGGACCUGUUCUAGCGUAUCUGGCAGCCUUCACAGAGGCACCAGCCCACGCGCUCGAGAAAAAGCUGAAUAAAUUGCAGAAUUCCGUCGAAUCGCUCAUCGACUCCCUGCAGACGAAAUCCAAGAAGGCGGACGAGGACUUGGAGGCGUUCGAAGGCACCGAACGUGAGAUCGAGCAGCUGAGGAAGCGUUUGAACGAGGCGCGAGAACGCGCCUCGAACCUUUACGUCUUCGGUCCGAAUCAGGACGCGACCGAGGAGGAGCUUGACGAGCUACGCUGGGCUGUCGAGCAGCUCCUCGACAGCACGAAAAAGUUCUCAGGAAGCACUAAGGCGCGGUACCAAGCUAGCCAGCAGCUGGUCCCUAGUGAUCUUGCUCAACACCUGACAGCCCUCGAACUUUGCGCUGAAGCGACGGCGCAAGCGAUGGAGGAGAAACAGAGGGAACAGAAACGGGCUAGAACCGUCAGGUCGGAUUACUUAACCGACCUCGACGAGGUUCAAACGUGGAUCAGACAAGCUGAAUUGAAGGUGCAAGACAGAUCCAUCGAGCCUGCCCCUCUAAAGGAACAAUUGAAACAGGUGCAAGACGAGUUGGGCACGAUCACCGACAAGCUCGAACGAUUAACGAGAAACGGCCGUACCAUUGCGGAGAAUACGAGGGACGAUACUGAGAAACAGUUGAUCGACAGCACCGUUCACAAUGUCACUGAACAGUUGAACCAAGUUAGGAACUGGCUGGACGAGAGGAAGCAAGUGGUAGCUGACACCAUUGACGCUUGGCAGAGAUUUUUGACGUUGUACGAGGCCGUUAAGGCAUGGACCGAGGAAAAGAGACAGUUCCUAGUUGAGCCAUUGAAGCUCAGCACUCUUGUGCAGGCUAGGCAGAGGCUGCACGAGUAUUCGACAGCCGUAAAAAGCUGCAAACAGAUCAACAAGAAUCUCAGUGAUAUGGGUAAGGAGCUCGAGAGUAUCGGUCAGGUUUGCAGCGUGGGCGACUUGCCCGAGAAACUACUCGAAGCUGAAGAAGCUAAAGUCCAAGUAGAGGGUCAACUGUUGGAAAGGAACGCGCUGCUGCAAGAAACUAGCGAAGAAUGGGAGCAGUGCGAGCGAAAGAUGAAGGAAGUGAGAACGUGGAUCGAGAAAGCGAAACAAAGUCUCGAGUCGCCGCAAAACAAAAAGAAACCAUUACGGGAUCAACAUAGUAUAAGGGAAAAAAUGCUGAGCGAUAUCGCGAUACAGAAAACGAAAAUUGGCAUGUCGAUGGAGAAACUUCAGGUUCACUUCCGAUCUGGCAUUGGUGGCGAUAGUCGAAUCGGCGAAACGGUUGACGAGCUGUUGGCCGAGCUAGACAAUCUUAAUACCAAUGUGAGAGAACAGACUACGGCAUUAGAGGCUUGUCUAGCUCAGAUUGAUCAAUAUCAACAGGAGAUACAACAGUUGAGGCAACAGAUUAUGCAGGUGGAGCAGCAACUGAGGACAAUACUGAGCCCGACGUAUCUGUCCGCCGAUAAGGAGAAGGCGUUACAGGAGCAACAGCAGAGCCUGCAGCAAAGGAUGGACGAUUGGAAGCAACGCGUGAAGAUAGUGCUGGAUCAAAUAUACGCCGUGGACCCGUACUAUGUACAGAGCAACGAGACAAGGAUCGUCAAUCAGAUCUCGUACGCGGACAUCGCCGCAGGUCGGACAAGUCCGAGCUCCAGGGGUUCUAGCCCCUUUAGAAAUCCCCGAGACGAGGUUCCUUCGGUCCCCCUUUCGAUUCAAGUGCUCAAACCUACCGUGCAACUGUCAAGAACAGUGGAAGCCCAGAAGCAACCUGCUAUCGAACCAACUGGCGACAAUACUCCACCAAAUGCUGCAAUAGCGGAGACGAAGAUGAAAGAAGAACAGUCAAGACCUGAAGAGCAGAACGAGCAGAAGGAGCCUGAAGUAAGAACCGAGGUUAGAAGACGCGUCUCUAAAGUAGAUUCAGUGGACUCCAGAUUGAGAAAUCAGUCUAGAAGAUCUGGUUCUGUGCGAAAGGACGUUCGGGGACCUAUUAGGGAAUCUCCUGAAAGAAAUUCGUCCGCGGAGGCUGACAAUGAAAUUUCCGGAUCAGACACUCCUAGAUCGGUAGUGGAACAGAGGAGGGAACCGUUUGUACUUAAGAAUACACUGGCCCCUAAGGUGGAGAGAAGAGGAAGGUCUGCCAGUCCCAUUUGGAUGCCUGGAUCAACUUCCUACGCGGAUAUUCUUCGUGGAAACAGACAGAAUUCUCGCAGCCCUUCGGUGGAGACUAGCAAAGAUGCUCACGUGGUUGGUAGAGAAGUCGGAGAGACUGUGGUCGAGGAAUCUUCCGUAGAAACUGUUCAGACGGAGACGAUGGAAUUCGAGGUGCCCAAAGUCGAAGUAAAGGAAGGAGCAACAGCUGAAAAUGCUUUUAUGGAACAACCAAGCGAAGACGUAGCAGUGGAGAGCUAUCAACAGCAGCCUGCUGAGGUCGUGCACGAAGUUGUACCUGAAGUCGAGUCUCCUGUGAAAACUUCUGAGGAACCGAGCGAAACUCAGACCAGUUGGGCGGACGAAAGCAUUGACGAGUACGUUUUAUUGAAUGAGAAAAGUUACGAAAAUGUUGCAAGACCGCCAGUCGCAACGCAACAAGUUCCAGAGGUCUACAACUAUAUUCAUCCGGCUAUUCCCGAAUUGGUUGGUUUCAUCGGGUCUCAGAUCGCCUAUCCAGUAAGUUCCUAUGUCUACAUGCCAGCUGCACCGCCUCAGCAAAUGGCUCUUCCUCAUUACACCGAAAGUCAGAUAGCCUUUCCAUCGGAGCCGUACGUGGCACAGCCUAGCUACAUCCCUGAACCAGAGAUUUAUCAGCAAAAUCAGUUGCAGAAGCAUCCACAAAGGCAUCCGCAUCAAACCAAAUUCAAGAUCCCUCCAAAGACUACUCCUGUAGUUGUGCAGAACGUUGAAGAGAAGUGUUUACCUUCAAGAGCUCAAAAACCUGUGGAUGUUGAGCCUGUCGUUCAGUCAAACAUUCAAGCUACUGUUCAACCUGCUGUUCAACCUGCUGUUCAAGCGGAAGAGGUUUCUGAACCAGAAAAACCAGUAGAACCAGAACAGUUUAUGCAGCAGACUAUCGAGCAACCUGUACAGCAAGUUGCUACGCCAGUUGCAGAAAGUACACCUAUUAAGACGAAAAGUACUAUCUCAAGCGAGAGCAAGACAUUCUCGUACGCCCAAAUUUUAUCGCAGGGUCUCAGUUCUAAACCGACAUCGACUACAAAUAGUCAAUCAUCGACAACAAAUAGUCAAUCAUCGACAACGACGACUUUAAUCUCAAAACAGGCGAAAGAGCGUUCACGCUCGCCAGUGAACUCGGCGACAUCCUCUGUGCACGAGUCGAGUCCUCCUCAGGAUGCUAGACAGACUCGAGAAUCGACCGUAAGCAAGCCAGGAAGUACGUGGGAUAUAUCGAGGAGAAGGGAGACGAGAAAGACUCACCAGGAGUCGCCAAAGACGAAGAUUCCUGAGAAGAGGGCUCGCAGAGGACCAGAGCAACCGAAGGCUUCAGAAGUAUUUCAGAAACCUCAGAAAGAGAAAAUCAGGACCAAUACGGAACAACAGAAACAGGCAUUCGAAUUCAAAGAUGAAAUUACUGUGGAAGAUUUGACGGCUUCUCCGAAGGUAACUCCGAAGAGUGUCAAGGUUGAGAUUAGAAAGGAACAAGUGGACGAUGUUAAACCAGAAAAGAAAAUAGAUGCUGAAGAAACGAAAAAGACGGAAGAUCACAAGCAGGAUGAAAAGGAUGUUCAGGAGGAGAAGGAGGUUGAUGUUCAACAAAGGAGCAGAUCUCAGGAGAAGAAACGAAAGGCGAAGAAGAAGAAGCCGGAGAAGGUGGACGACGAGAUAGAGAAGGCCCUGAAGGAGAUCGAGGAUAUGGAUAAGCAUAAAAAGAGAGAUAAGUCGAGGGAACAGGCUAAGAAAGAUACGGUUCAAGCUACGGUAGAAAAAUCCAAAGAAGAAAGUGAAAAGAAGAACGUGAAAUCUAAUGAAAAGAAGAAACAGGGUAAAUCGAAGAUGGAGAAGAUUAAAGAUGAAUCGGAGACUGCAGUAAGUCAGUCUAACGCGAAAGAACAGGUUAAAUCGAAGGACGAUGCGAAAGAGAACAAGGAGGAGAAAGAUUCUGGCAAAAGGACCGCGAAGGAUGACGUUAAAGCUUCAGAAGAGAAGGCAACGAAGGUUGAAAGUCGAAAGAACGAAGCUGAGAAGAGAUCUGAAGUGAAGAUCGAUUCAAGUGAAACGAAGAAAGUGGAUGCGAAGGAAGAGAAACCAUGGAAAAAGAAGCAAAAGGGUAAGGAACAAGCUGGUGCAGCGAAGGACAAAUCUAAUAAAGAUACCAAACCCACGAAGGUUGACGCGGGGCCGGAGCAAAUUAAAAAGACAACUGACGAAGAUAAAGUAGAAAGCCCGAAACAGAAACACGUAAAACCAGAUUCAGUUGAAAGUGUUCAAAAUUUGGAGCAGAUAAAGAAAGAAGACACAAAGGCUACGAAGCCUGUAAAAUCAGAUAAAACGCCUGAAACUAAAGUUGAAUCUAAGAACAAAGUGCAAAGCGAGCCUAAAGAGAAAGAGCCAAUGAAAGAACAGGAGAAGUCGAAAAAGAAUAAGAAACAGAAACAAGGCAACGAACAGGAGACUUCUAAAGUCCAGACACCGAAAAAACAGAGCCAACAGAAAGAAGAGAAGAAAGUAGAGCAGUCGAAACAAAAGAAAUCUGAAGAGAAAUCAGAAGUAACAAAAGAUGUGAAAUUGGAUGAAAAGGAAGAAGUUGAAGCAGAAGUUAACGUAAAAAUUCCGAAAGACGAUAAAGAUAAGAAAGUGGCUGAGAAAGAGAAAGGGAAGAAGGAUGAUACAAAAGAACAGAAAAAAGAGGAUACGGUAUCGGAAGUAGAACCGAAAGCAGAUAUUAAAGAAGAACAGAAAACGGUAAUUAGCGCGUUGAUUCGCGUAAUAGAAUCCACGAUGGAGAUUAGCGAAGGUGAUGAGUCGAAACCAGAAACAAUGGUGCAGGAAAAUGUAGACGAAAAAUCAAAGAAUAAACGAGAGAAAAAACAGAAUAAAUCUGGUGAAGAACAAAUAGUUGAGAGUAAGGAUUCGAAGAAAGAAUCGAAGCCAGAUUCUGUACAAAAGGAGGAACCGAAAAAGGUAGUUGAAUUAGAAAAACAAACGAAAUCGAAGGGAAAGAAAUCGAAGAAGGAACCCGAUGUUAGUCAGAAGCUUGCGCCUGAAGCGAUAAAGAUGACUGAAAAAGAAGAAAAGAAGGUCAUCGAUAAACAAGUUAUCGAAGAGAAAUCAAUUAAAGAGGGAGAAACUGUCACGGAACAAACGAAAAAGGAAUUAAAAACUGAAUCUGUUACGCCAAGUAAAGGACAAUCUGAUAAGAAAAGACGAAAGAAGUCUAAGUCACCGUCGAAAGCAAAGAAAGAAGAAGAUUCAAAGUCUGCGUUGCCUGUGGAAGAAAAGGAAAAACCUAAAGAAAAUGAAGUGGUAGAAGCGGCUAAAUUAGAAGAAAAGGGCGGUAAAAUUGAUAACGAUGGCAAACUGAUAUCUGUAGAAGAAACGAGAAUUACCGGAGUUGAAGAAAAAAUUACUGCGAUCCAAACGGAAAAUCAGAAGGAAGACAAUAUUGUUAACGUAACAGAGAAGGUUGAAGCACAACCUAAUAUCGAAAAGAGUAUUACUGGAGAAAAAUCCGCAGAAUGCGCUGAAAUAUUUAUAGACAAAAAGGCGGAAGAAACAGUAAAGAAACCAGAUGAACCUGAGAAAGUUGAAACUAGUGACGUGAAAAAGAAAGAAGGAAUUCUUCUGCCUGAAGUACCGAAACCCGAUAAACCUGAAAUCCAAGAAGUUCCAGGAACACCAUCAAAGUCCAAGAAAGGGAAAUCAAAGGAAAAAGCUGUCACCGAAAAUACUACACCCAUUUCCGCGGUCGAGCCGAAAGAAGAAUCCAAAUUCAGUCAACCAAGCACACCGAAGUCUGACAAGAGAAAGAAAAAGAAACAGGAGAAUAAAGACAAAAUCGUGGUCGAACCACCACAACUGGAACAAACGAUAGUCACUGAGAAACCUAGCACAGACAUGAAACCAAUCGAAGAAUCUGAAAAGUCAACGGAAACACCAUCGUUAAAACUCGCAACUCCACUGAUAGAGUCCCAGAAUAAAAAGCAAGGCCACGUUAAAAAACCAAUUGAAAUCGAAAAAAUUUCAGUGACAAAGUCUGACGAUUCAGAAUCUCGCUCGCAAGAACUGAUUGAAAAUCCAAGUACAGAAGAAGAUUCUCUUCUUUCAAAGAAUGAGAAAACCGUAAACGUUUUAGCCACUGUUUCACCAACCACAGAAUCAUCUUCAUUAGAGAAAUCAUCGUUGGUCGAGAAAGCGGUUACCACGGUGACCAGCAGCGCGCCUGAACCUGUCGAAGCGAAGCCAUCGACCGAAAAAAUCGUAGAGAACUUAGAAAGUAUUCCCUCAUCCAAGGUCGUAGGCUCCAAACCCACCGAAUUAAUCACCCUGCGUCCUGAAACAGUAGAGAGUAGCCUAACAACCACCGAAUAUGCUAGGGUAUCGGAUGAUUCAGCUGUUGGUAUCCCCUGGAAAGCGUUAGAUACGUUAGCAGACGUUGACAAAUCAAUUUCCGAUUACACGGUAUAUCUUGACGAUCUUGUUAAAGACGAUCAACCGAUUCUGUUCGGUAGCGUUCAGGAUAGGAGGAGAGGUCGUUCUGGAACUCCGAAAUCUGUAGGAAGCGCGAGAGACGAGAGGGAGUUGGAUAAUUUCGAGAAAGAACAGGACGCGAAGGUUUUGCAGGAUAAAUCUAAGCACGAAGUUGAGGGUAAGAAGGAUAGGAUGAGGGUUGAGGAGGAAGUUAAGAUUGUCGGAGAAGCUGCAAGUGUAGAAUCGAAAGAUUCAGGUGAGUUAGUGGUAGAGAGUGAAGGUGAAAUUGUACAAGAGAAAGGAAGGAUGGGUACGGGACCGGAAGGGUCUUCUUCUGAUGUUGAACAGAAACAGGGAAAAGAAACGGGCAUGAUGUCGUUAGAAUUGGAAUUAGAUAUUCGUGAAGUAAGUAUUCUUCCUACACAUGUAAGACAUAUGACACCUGGUACAAAAUAUAUUCCCGAACUUGUAACUGUUCCUGUUGACGCUCCUAAGGCUGAAACGGAAAAUAUUGAAGAUAAAACAAGUGCGGUUGAAAAGAAAGUAGGAGACGUUGAGGAACGUGAAGUUGAUGAUUCUAAACCUAGAAUGAAAGAAGUUAAAGAAAAAGCACCCCUACUUGAAGAGAAGAUCGUAGACUCUGAAAAACAAGAAGUCUUUAUUAAGGAUGAACCUGAUUCUAAACCUGAAAAGCAAAAGGUUGAAGAUAAACCAAGCCAGACUAAAACACAAGUUGCGGACUCUAAAAAACAAGUAGAAGUUUCUGUCAAAGGUGAAGAUUCUAAACUUGAAAAGAAAAAGGUUGAAGAUAAACCAAGUAAGAUUAAAACACAAGUUGCACAAUCUAAAAAACAAGUAGAAGUUUCUGUUAAAGGUGAAGAUACUAAACCUGAAAAGCAAAAGGUUCAAGAUAAACCAAGCCAGAUUGAAACACAGGUUGAAGAGUCUAAAAAACAAGUAGAAGUUUCUGUUAAAGGUGAAGAUUCUAAAUCUGAAAAGCAGAAGGUUCAAGAUAAACCAAGCCAGAUUGAAACACAAGUUGCGGACUCUAAAAAACAAGUGGAAGUUACUGUUAAAAGUGAAGAUUCUAAACCAGAAAAACAGAAGGUUGAAGAUAAACCAAGCAAGAUUGAAAUACAGGUUGAAGAGUCUAAAAAACAAGUAGAAGUUUCUGUUAAAGGUGAAGAUUCUAAACCUGAAAAGCAGAAGGUUGAAGAUAAACCAAGCAAGAUUGAAAUACAGGUUGAAGAGUCUAAAAAACAGGUAGAAGUUUCUGUUAAAGGCAAAGAUUCUAAACCUGAAAAACAGAAGGUUGAAGAUAAACCAAGACAGACUAAAACACAAGUUGCGGACUCUAAAAAACAGCUAGAAGUUUCUGUUAAAGGUGAAAAUUCUCAACUUGAAAAGAAGAAAGUUCAAGAUAAACCAAGCCAGAUUGAAGAGUCUAAAAAACAAGUAGAAGUUUCUGUUAAAGGCGAAGAUCCUAAAUCUGAAAAGCAGAAGGUUCAAGAUAAACCAAGCCAGAUUGAAACACAAGUUGCGGACUCUAAAAAACAAGUGGAAGUUUCUGUUAAAAGUGAAGAUUCUAAACCUGAAAAACAGAAAGUUGAAGAUAAACCAAGCAAGAUUGAAAUACAGGUUGAAGAGUCUAAAAAACAAGUAGAAGUUUCUGUUAAAGGUGAAGAUUCUAAACCUGAAAAGCAGAAGGUUGAAGAUAAACCAAGCAAGAUUGAAAUACAGGUUGAAGAGUCUAAAAAACAGGUAGAAGUUUCUGUUAAAGGCAAAGAUUCUAAACCUGAAAAACAGAAGGUUGAAGAUAAACCAAGCAAGAUUGAAAUACAGGUUGAAGAGUCUAAAAAACAAGUAGAAGUUUCUGUUAAAAGUGAAGAUUCUAAACCUGAAAAACCGAAGGUUGAAGAUAAACCAAGCCAGAUUAAAACACAAGUUGCAGACUCUAAAAAACAAGUAGAAGUUUCUGUUAAAGGUGAAGAUUCUAAACCUGAAAAGCAGAAGGUUGAAGAUAAAUCAAGCCAGAUUAAGACACAAGUUGCAGACUCUAAAAAACAAGUAGAAGUUUCUGUUAAAGGUGAAGAUUCUAAACCUGAGAAGCAAAAGGUUCACGAUAAACCAAGCAAGAUUGAAAUACAGGUUGAAGAGUCUAAAAAACAGGUAGAGGUUUCUGUUAAAGGCAAAGAUUCUAAACCUGAAAAACCGAAGGUUGAAGAUAAAUCAAGCCAGAUUAAGACACAAGUUGCAGACUCUAAAAAACAAGUAGAAGUUUCUGUUAAAAGUGAAGAUUCUAAACCUGAAAAACAGAAAGUUGAAGAUAAACCAAGCAAGAUUGAAAUACAGGUUGAAGAGUCUAAAAAACAAGUAGAAGUUUCUGUUAAAGGUGAAGAUUCUAAACCUGAAAAGCAGAAGGUUGAAGAUAAACCAAGCAAGAUUGAAAUACAGGUUGAAGAGUCUAAAAAACAGGUAGAAGUUUCUGUUAAAGGCAAAGAUUCUAAACCUGAAAAACAGAAGGUUGAAGAUAAACCAAGCAAGAUUGAAAUACAGGUUGAAGAGUCUAAAAAACAAGUAGAAGUUUCUGUUAAAAGUGAAGAUUCUAAACCUGAAAAACCGAAGGUUGAAGAUAAACCAAGCCAGAUUAAAACACAAGUUGCAGACUCUAAAAAACAAGUAGAAGUUUCUGUUAAAGGUGAAGAUUCUAAACCUGAAAAGCAGAAGGUUGAAGAUAAACCAAGCCAGAUUAAAACACAAGUUGCAGACUCUAAAAAACAAGUAGAAGUUUCUGUUAAAGGUGAAGAUUCUAAACCUGAAAAGCAGAAGGUUGAAGAUAAAUCAAGCCAGAUUAAGACACAAGUUGCAGACUCUAAAAAACAAGUAGAAGUUUCUGUUAAAGGUGAAGAUUCUAAAACUGAAAAGCAGAAGGUUGAAGAUAAACCAAGCAAGAUUGAAACACAGGUCGAAGAGUCUAAAAAACAAGUAGAAGUUUCUGUUAAAGGCAAAGAUUCUAAACCUGAGAAGCAAAAGGUUCAAGAUAAACCAAGCCAGAUUGAAACACAGGUCGAAGAGUCUAAAAAACAAGUAGAAGUUUCUGUUAAAGGUGAAGAUUCUAAACCUGAAAAGCAGAAGGUUGAAGAUAAACCAAGCCAGAUUAAAACACAAGUUGCAGACUCUAAAAAACAAGUAGAAGUUUCUGUUAAAGGUGAAGAUUCUAAACCUGAAAAGCAGAAGGUUGAAGAUAAACCAAGCCAGAUUAAAACACAAGUUGCAGACUUUAAAAAACAAGUAGAAGUUUCUGUUAAAGGUGAAGAUCCUGAACUUGAGAUGCAAAAGGUUGAAGAUAAACCAAGCAAGAUUGAAAUACAGGUUGAAGAGUCUAAAAAACAAGUAGAAGUUCCUGUUAAAGAUAAAGAUUCUAAACCUGAAAAGCAAAAAAUUGAAGAUGAAGCAAGACAGAUUAAGACGCAGAUUGCAGAGUCUAUAAAACAAGUAGAAGUUCCUACUAAGGUUAAAGAGCCUAAACCUAUCACAAAAGAAAUUUACCCAUGUUACUUCACAGACUUGGUCAAACCCUACUGGUUCAAUUAUCGUCCAUACAUCGAGGCAGAGAUCAAUUUCCAUCGGUGUUUCAAAGUAGUAGAGGUAAUAGAAGAAAAUGUGCCUGCUUCUGCAACUCCAAGAUUGGAGAGUAUCGAAAGAAUUGCUCAAGAAUCGAUUAUGAAAGAGCCUAAAGAAGAAGAAGAGAGGCCAGAAGACACGGAGCAAUCUGAAGCUGAAAGCAGAAAGCUUUCACUUAUCAGAGAAACUCUGAAAUAUCCUAUUAGCACAUUUUACAGAGUAGAAUCCGAGUGGGUGAAAUCAAAGCAGGCUAAAGAGAAAGAAAUUAUGGCAACUCCUUUGGAGGAAUCUAAUCUCACAAACGUUGAAGUUGUGAAGGAAGCAAUGCAGAUUCAAGAAGAUAAAAAACAUUCCGAGAUAUUAGAUGCUCCAAACAUUUCAGAAAAAGUCAUUGACAAAGAGAAAACUAUCGCAGAAAUCACCACGGAAAUUAAAUCUACGGACAUGAUUUUGGAUCAAACGGCAGCUCUUAUCGAGGAUGUGAAUAAAGAGCUUGAUAUGAUGAAAAAAGAGAAGGAGCAGAGUACAACCGAGGGAAAAGUAGAAGAUAAAGAGGAAGAGAAAGAACCUGAGGUACGGAAGAAGGAGCAGGAAGUACCUGAUAAAAGGCCGAAUGAGAAAUCGAAGAAAGAAAAGCAGCCGAAAGAUGAGAAGUCAAAGUCUAAAAAAGAAGAAAAGAAGGAAGUAACAUCACCGGUAAAAGAACCUGAAGUAGUUGAAAAGAGCGAUAUUACAGAAUUAACCAAGGCUGUGGAACAACUUACUAUGAUUAUCAAUGAAGAAACUAAGGAAGCUUCAUUGGCAUUCAAACAGUCUGAAGAAGUUGAGAAGAAAGAUAUUGCGAUUGUACAGGAGACAGAGUUGGCACAAACAACGGAACAACUUGUCACAAAAAUAGACGAACCUUCGGUAGUUCAAAUUAUCGAUCGAAAAGAAGAAGAAAAGAUAGAAAAGAAUAUUACAGAAGAAGAACCAUUAAUCACAUUAGAACCAAAAAUUGAAGAAGUAGUAAAACCUGCAAUCGAAUCUUCUGAAGUAGAGACAAUGAAAGAAGAAACGAAAUUAGAAAAAGAUAAGAAGGAACAUGAGAAACUGGAUGAAAAGAAAGAAAUUGUUCCAGAACCUCAGAUCCUAAUUGAAGAGAAGAUUGAGAAGGAAAGUGAGAAGGUUGAAAAGCCUGUUUCUGGAAAGAAGAAAGUUUCUAAAGAACCUAAAAAGAAAGAUGUUAAAGAGAUAACGAGAGAAGAAAAGUUAAGCACAGAAGAAAAAGCCUUGUCGCAAGAAUCUAUUAGUGUCGUGACUGAAUCAGCAACAACUGAGAAAUCAAUGAAUGGCAAAGUACCAGAGAUAAAAGAUUCGAAUGCACCUGAAUCUCCAGUGAUAGAAAGCAAAACUAAAUCCUCGGAUAAGCCUAGGAAAGAAGAAGGCAGGACAAAAUCAGGAAAACAGAAACAGCCUAAAGAAAAGUCUGAUAUUAAAGCUACGUCUACCCCAGAAAAAGAUGCGAAGAAACAAGAAGAACAGGAAAUUUCUUCACCAGAUUCGAAGAAGAAACGUGAUGGAAAAUCGAAAAAGGCAAAUGAUAUCCCAGAAGUGGUUCCUCAAGAAACACCGACUGUAGCUCCUUUGGAAGAAACUAAGAAAGAAAAAUCUCAAUCACAAAUAAAAGAAAUAUCUAAGGAAGAAAUUCAACCGGUAUGCGCCAAAUCAUGGGCCUCCGUUGUUGGUAUGAAAGGAACUAGCGAUCUUCCUGCGGAAAAUGUACAAACUAUGACAGUAAUUCCUCAAGAAUCGAUAAGUGGAACAGCAGAAUUAGGGAAAGUAACACAGAUAGUAGAAACUGUGCCUGAAGAACCACAAAGUCCACAAACACAGCAUAAGAAACAUCAAAAGAAGAAAGAUACGAAACAAGAAAAGAUUAUUACCGAAGCGAAAGUGUCUUCUAUCGAUACUGAAACUGAGAAGGGAAAUAUGAAGUCUGUUAUUCCUGAGAAAGUUGAAGAAUUAGAAUUAAGUAUGAAAGAUUCUAACAAAUCGUACGCUCAAGUAGCAGCUUCUAGCAAGGGAACUUCUCCACAAUCGAAUCAAGAAGAUGUUGUGAUACUUAAACCGAUUCCUCUUAUGCCUGAUCAAAGCUUGGAUAAAUUAAUCGAAGACGAAACAAUUACAUCUGAAAAAUCAUUAAUAAUCACAGAAACUCCAGAGGCUGAAAAGGAAACAUCCAAACCUGAGGAAAUAACAACAGAUAAAAAACUCAACAAACUAAUUACUGAACAAGACGUUUUCAAAAUGGAGUCAAUUUCGUGGGCGGAAGAAAUUGAAAAAGAAGCAAUGGUGGAAAAAAUUAGUUCCAUGUCGCCAAUACCAAGCGCGGUAGUAGCCGAAACGCCACAGAAAAUGAAGGAUUCGUGGGCUACUAUUGUUAGUAAACACGCGGAACCGCUGGAACCACACUCAUCACCCACUAGCGAAAAGAUUAUGAUGAAAAAACAACAAACUGCCGAACACAAUUUAAAUCCCCAAAUACAAAUCCAUGUGGAAGAAGCUCCAGAGCCGGUAUCGAUUGAAGAAGUGGUUAAAAUCGAUGAACAAGGUUUUAUGGAAUUCGUAAAUCGAAAAGAACUGCGAUCUAGACGAUCGAGAUCGCGAUCCAGAAGCAUCAGACGAGACGAAGCAAACUCGAGACAGUCGAGUGAUAAGCCUAUAGUUCCUGAAGAAAUUUUAGCAGAAGAACAGAAACAGAUGGCCGCGCAAAAAGUGGAGGAACAGAAGAAAAAAGAUGGAAACAAAGGAAAGGAGGGAAAAUCGAAGAAAAAGAAAGUUGAAGCAAAGUCGAGCAGUGCAGAUCGUAAUCAGGUAACAAAAGAUGAACAGGAAAAGGAUAGAGAAAACCUUCAGAAAGAAAAAGAUAAAGAAAAGACGAGUAAGAUCGAGGAAAAGGAUGUGAAGAAGAUGGAGAAAGAAAUAAUAGAGCCAUUAGUCGAAGAGAAGAUACAGAAACAGCCAGAAAAGAAAGGUACUAAGCAACAUGAGGACAAAUCGAAGACGAAGGAAGUUAAUUUGAGCCAAGAAAGCAAAGAAAAGGCAGGAGAGAAAGUUGAAGAAAAGCUUGAUGAGGAAGUGAAAGAAGUUGAGGUUGUGAAGCCUGAAACUCCAGAAGUAGAUAAAAUAAUCGAAAUGGAUAAACAGAAUUCUAAAUCAGCAGAUAAAUGGAAAAAAGCAGAAACAAAGGAACAAUCUACUGCUGCUUCAAAGAAGAGUAAGAAAUCAAAGAGAGGAAAAUCUGAUAAGGAACAGCCCAAAGAAGAACUAGAAUAUAAAGAACAAAUCAAAGAGCCGGGUGUUGUUCAGGUAACAGAAAUACAACUGAAAUCGGAAGAUGAAGUUGUGAAAGAACCAGAAACUAAAGAAAUUACAGAAAUUCAAGAAGUAUCAGUAAUUGCAAAAUAUGAAGCUGAAAGUAAACCUGAGAUCGUCGAAGAAAUUAAAUCUGAAAAAUCAAUGUCUCCAAGAAAACGUAAAGGAAAAUCUAAAGAAAAGAAAGUAGAGACAGUAUCAGGAAUUAGCGAGACAUCGAUUGAAGGAAAGAAGGUACCUGAAUCUAAAAUUAAAGAAGAAAUACCAGCAAAAGAACCAGAAGUUCAAGAAAUUAAAGAAGUUGAAGAAGAAGUAAAAAUUACAGAACCUGAAAAAUCGACGCCCACAGAGAGGCAUAAAGAAAAAUCUGAAGAAAAGAAAGUAGAAACGGUACCAGAACGAAUCAUUGAAACAUCAGUUGAUGAGAAGAAAGUACCUGAACUUGAGAUCAAAGAAAUGUCGGUAGAAAAAGUAAAGGAAGAAGUAAAAGAAAGUGAAGCAAGUCAAAAGAAAGAAAUUGAUUCUAAACUAGAUGUUACUGAAGAGAAAAGAGAAGUAUCUGCAAAGGAAGUAACUGAGGAGAAACAUAAAGAAGAACCAAUUAAGCCUCCGCAAACACCUGUUGCAGAAAUGAUUGUAGACACUAAAACAGAAACAGCAGACGUAAAAGAUGAAGCUCAUGCAGACAAAAAGUUGAAACUUUCGAAGAAGGAGAAACGAAGGCAAAAGAAAAAAGAAAAAUCAACUACACGAGCAACCAGCGAAGAAAAAUUAGAAAAGGAAACAUCUGAGACGUUUGUUCCAGAAAAUGAAGAAGAAACAAUAACACUGGAAGAAAUAAAGCCAGACGAAGUAAAGUCAGACGAAGUAAAGUCAGACGAAGUAAAGCCAGAAGAAGUAACUAUUUCACCUGAUGAAACCAAUCAAGAAAAAGAACUUAAUGAAAAACUACAAGAAACUAAGAAAUUGAGCGCAAUCAUCCCUGAGGUGAUUCCUGAUGAAAUAAAGCUUGUUCCAGAAACUAUGCUUAAACCGAUAAUCAAGGAAAAGAUAAAACCAAGUAAAGAAGAAGCAAAACUUUUGAAACCAACUGAAGAAAAGGAAAAAGUUUCAGGAGAAGUAGAAAACUUUGCUGAAGACAAAAUGGAGACACCUAAACUAGUUACGGAUAAGUCUGAAACACCCAAACCAGAGAUAGAUAAAUCUGAAGUGCCUAAACCAGAGACAGAUAAUGCUGAAACAUUUAAACCGGAUAAAACUGAAACACCCGAACCAGUAACGGAUGAAGCUGAAAAAGAUAUAAAACAGAAAGAAGAACUCACAUCAGCUUCGAAAGAAAAAUCAAAACGUAAGAACAAACAGGCGAAGAAAGGUAGACGCGAAGAACAAGAAGCAGCAACAAAGUCUACGGAUGAAGAACUUCAAUCGCCAAAGGAUGAGAAAGAAAUUGAAAUAUUAGGCACAGGUUCUACUAUUCCAUCAGCUCCAGAAACUCCAAAAGAAACAGUCGAUCAAGAGAAAGACGCGACGAUACCUGAAGAGAAAAUAGAAUCAGGUGCACAAUUGAAUAAGUUGGAGAUUGAUGAACCAAGGAUCGAGGAGGUUAAAAGGGAUGAGAAAGAAGCGAAGGUUGUCUUAGAGGAACAAGUUGUUUUGAAAGAAACAGUUAUGCAAGAAAAGACAGAAAUAUCUGCCAAAGGCCAAGAAGAGGUCGAUCGUCUACAGAAAACCGAAGAAAUUCCAGAAGCUCAGCUUCUAGAAAAGAAACCUACGAAAGAAGAAAAAUCUAAAACGAAGAAAAUUAAAGAUAAGAUACAGGAAGAGACGACUAAAAAUGUCGAGGAAAAGAUAUCUGAAGAGGAACCAGUAAUUUCCAAAGAGGAAAUACCAGACAAAGUUUCCGAAGUUAAAACAGAUAAAGUCGUGCCACUCGAAGCAAAACCGGAAGAAACCAUUAAACCUGCUGAAAUAAUAGUGAAUGGUAAAUUAACAGAAGAAAAUGACAAAGCUGAGAAGGAAAUAACAGAAAAGAAGACAGAAGAAAUCGAAAAGGCGCAAUCAGGAAUUGUAAAAGAACUCGAAAGUAUAAUCCAAGAAACCGAUCAACUUCCACAACGAGAUAUAUCAACAGAAAAAUUAUUACAUAAAAUUGAGUCUCCCAUAACCAUAGAAUCGAUGCAGUCUCAACUAGAAACCGAAGAAGAAUUCGAAAAAUGUAUAUCCAGUGAACCAGAAAUAGAAACGGUAGAUAUCGUGGUCGAGCCCGUGAAACCAAAAGUACAAUUCUACAUAGCCGACGAAAUUCUAGUUCUAAGUCCGGAGAAGAAAAAACCCGUACAAACUCCCCUAAUCUUAAAAACCCUGUCAGAACUCAGUAGAUCCAAAUUCCUUUCUCUUGAUAGCGGUUUUUGGCCGGACAAACACCCCUAUCACGAGGCUGAACGCUACCUGUUCGAAAAUUUGGCUAACUAUCCGAUGGAAAGUCUUUCCGACGAUAUCAAACGGGAUUCUAACGAUAAAGAUGAUUUCGACGGGGAUCAGGGCGGUGGUAAUUUGAACGAACGCGGCGGUAAUGGUGGUCCAUUGAAUUCUUAUUUCAUGGGUGGACCGCAUACCGAACGUCUGAUCGCCGAUCUCCCAGGUGGUAUAGGUAGCUGGAGCGAUUACAGUACUUACUUGUCGAGCGAGAACGAGCAGAGAACGGACCAGUCCACCGAAGUGGUUCAGGAAAAGAUCGAGAAUCCAAUGUCAGACCUAAUAAAUCCCUCCAAUAAUCUACUUUCUGAAUUAUCCUCUGUCCAUCUCAAGGACGACCAGUCUAUUUCCAAAUUCGACGAACUGUCGUUGGAGUGUGAUGUUCCUACAACGUCAGAAAAUUCUGAAGAUGUAAAAUUGUUGUCACUGUCCACUGUCGAAGUAUCCGCUUCUGGCGAACAACCCCUAAAGCUCGAUUACAAGACCGUGAGCCCGGAUCAACUAUCAGAGUCCACUUAUUCCGAUCCACGUGAGUUAUCCUCAACACCAGGUAUCCCUGACCAUGAUCCAGAUCCCAAGAAACAUUUAGGUAGAGAAAAUGGAUCGAUGCAGCGGCGCACUCCAAUCGUGGAGACGGAGAGAGAGAUGGGGGUAACUGAAGAUGAGGCUGAAAAGAGGAUACGAGGGAUCAAGGAUAUCAUACAGGAGCGCCUAAUGGUUUUACAGUUGAGUCUAUCGAACCUAAAGGGAACUUACUUGCCACGAGAUAGCAUAGACUCUAUGCUGUCUGCAAUCACGAAUUUAAUAACGGAGCUCCAAGGAUACGAUCAGGAAGUGGGUCAUUUAGAAGAAGAAUUGCGUAAAAUUCCAGCCGAUUUGGAAGCACAGAAGCUUCUGUCGAGUCUAGAAGAAGUUCAGUCUCGCAUCGCCACCCUUUUAUCGCAAGCGGAACAAGGACGCGCUACUUUGGAAAGAGCGCGUGGCCAACAAGAACAACGCGGCCACGAUAUCCACGAAUACAAGAAAUUCUUGGAUGAAACGGAUAGCUGGCUGAAGAAUAUCGUGGCCGGUAUGAAGCAACAACAACCGACUACCACGAACAAGGCUUUACAGGACGAGCUGAGCAGUCACGCGCAGCGGGUGUCGGAGCUUGAAUCGUUGCCAGAAAUCAGCACGCUGGCAAAGGUCCUGAAGAAUGCGCUGUUGGAAGUGAUGUCGCGACUGCAGCAAAGGCAGCAGGUAUCCAACGUUUUCCAAUGCACGGGGGCUUUCGCAAACUUCGCUGGUCUUCGCGCAACAGUCUCGUGAAAUACACGAUGAUACAGAAACAGAGAGUUCUAGGAGUAUGAAAGAAAAUUCAAACGAAAAAAGAAACGAAACUAGAGCUGAAUAGAAUUAUUUAACGAAUAUUCAUUACAUAAUACAUAAUACUUAUUUACAUUUAUACGAAUAGACGUAGCGUCAUGAUUGACUUUUCAAUUUAACAUAUUUCAUGCAAUACGAUUAUUGAAGCAGGGAAUCGAGAAAUAUGAAAUGAGAAAUUAAAAAUUGAAAAGGAAUAUUUAGCAAAUAUUUAUUAUAUAUAUAUAUUUAUACAUACGAAUUAUUUUUAUUUAUUAUAUUUAUACGGACAUAUAAAUGUAGCACCAUGGAUUAAUUUAAAAUUUAAAGAUAGGUAAACUUUGGUCAAAUUUCUAAUCGAUUUCUAGUCAAGUUCUAGUCUAUUUUGGGAUUGGGAGUAAAAUAAAAGGAAUUAUUCAGUCUCUUGUCGAUGCAAGAGAUCUACUACAAGAAUAAUAAGGAUGUGUACAGAGUAUGUAUUAUAUAUUAAGAAAUGGUAUACAUAUACAUAUAAUACUGCCUGUAUCUUAUACUUUAGUAAAUACAUAAUGGUAAUAGGGUGAUAGAUAUAGUCAAGCAUGUAACAUUCUUUUUGUUUCCUUUCUGCUUCUUAACGUAGUAAUUCAUGUUUGUUGUAUCACGUAUCAUUUUGCACGAUAUUUAUUAAUGGGUAAAUUAUGACAGGAUAAGGUUCUAGUACACUUGUCGUUUCAUCUACUUUUAUUUAUCUUUAUGUCAUUGCGUUUAUUUCUCAUCUGAGCUUCUCAUCAUAUGCAACGAAUAUGGCGGGUUAAAUAUCAUAGGCGUGUUAAGCGACAUAACAAAGUGAACCACUAAAAAUAUCUAGAGUCUUUUAUAAUUUAUGAAAAAUGACUAUGAUUAUCAGCCCGCCAUUACACCGUCAUUUUACGCUCAUCGCACUGUCAUCGUUCAUUCUUCUCACAACUUCACGGUGUAUUUAUUUAUAUAUAAAACUAUCACUUUUUAUGUUUCUUUUAGCUUAAGGUAAUGAAUGUAAUUGUAUAGGUGCAGCAUUUGUUUAUGGAAUGUUAAUACAGUUACUCUGUAAUUUUUUUCAUGCUGUAAUUAAAGUAUUCUCAUUAAUUCCCA